AUGGCGGGCCGCCUCGGAGUCCACGGGCCUGCGCCCCCGGGGUGGCUGCUGGCGCUGUACUGGGGCAACAUCUCCUCGGCCCUGAUGUACCUGUGCAUCUACAACUGGCUGUCCAUGCACGCCUCCGCCCGCGCCACCUCAGGCGGCGUGCACAUGCUGACCCGCUCCGUGCGUCUGCCCAUCCCGACCCCGAAGCAGCUGGACAAGGCGCGUAAGACUGGCAACACGUACGAGAGGCAGCGCGUCAACGACAUGUUCAGGGUGCCUUUCGUUGCACCCGCGCAGAAGGACCCCCGACACCACGAUCGGCCCGGUGGAGUCCGACGCCUCCUACUCCUCCGACGGCGGCAAGAAGGGCAGCAAGUCGCCCGCGCCGGCGCCGAAGCGCAGGAGAUCCCACGCUGGUACCAUGACGAGAAGGCCACGCUGCAUGCCGGCAACGGGCCCAAGCCGAGCGUCCCCGAGCACUUCGAGCUGUACCGUGGCCUCCAGCAGGAAUGGUGGUGCCACGACGUCUACGCCCGCGUCGGCAUGAUGGUCUUCAUCGACCACUGGCUCACCGCCGCGUCGCUGUACUCGCAGUGCCACUGCUUCGGGGAGCUGCGCCAGAUGUGGCCGGACUGUGACCUGGAUGUUCGUGUGCGCCAACUACUGCGUCCUCUACAUUGA